GUUGCGCGUCUCGUGUUGUAGGACGAUGGGGCAGCUCACCUGUAUUGUGACGAUGCAGUUGGUCGAAAUGUGGAUUACGCAGCUUUGACUAAGAAGAGACAGACCUCGGGGCGAUGGCGCUAUAUGUAGGGCGGCACCGUCGGCCUCGCGGGAUCUCUCCACGACGACGACAAUGCAAUGCCUCGCUGCACUCCGCCCUCCUCAUCACGACUCGCCGGAGCCAGCUGCAUGGAAAUGAACGCCCUGCUGCCACAUGCUGCCAGACUUCGGCAAGGUUCCGACGAGCUGUGCACUCCAUCCGACCAUCCACCUGCUUUUUGCGACGCUGAUUGCUUACCAAUUCCCCGACCCCGACCGUCUGGUAGCUGUCGAACACACCUUAAUCUCUUUGGGGCUAGUUUCGCCAUGUCUGAUUACUGUAUACGGGACAUAUAUGUUUUCAGAUCCGAAGGCUCCGUAGAUACCAAAUGCAGGAGUUGUUGCGCCCUGAGAUCAGGAUAUCUGCUGCUGCAUCACGGUUUCUUGCUGUCAACCCCCCUUUUGCUGAUGCUUUCUUGCCGUGAUGAGUGCUGUCACGACUCCCACCUGCCCCUCCAAGCGCACAUGCAGCAUCAGCAGAUAAUUCACUCCCAGAUUCUUGUCAUGCUCCUUCCAAGUUACCUAGUUCCCUGCAGGAGCUUUGGCAUUUCACAGCAUCAAGCGUCCUGCUGAACUUAUUGGGCAAAUAUAUGGCCGUUGGGCAAUUUUGGAGAUGCUUGGUCCAAGCGCAUUUGCAAGGCGCAUCGCAGCGAUCAACUCCCACUCCGCUCCUGAUUCCGCAACGUCUUUGCAUCUGCUGUGCAUCUUGCAGUCAACGAUUUCCUGCUGAUCGUACGCUAUUAAUUCAUUGACCGCUGUUUGCUUUCCAUCACAGAACAAGCCCUUGUUCAUCUACACCCCGGUAUCUGCGAUCAAAGCCGUCAUCAACACCAGCAAGUGCAUCUACACCAUGACAAGGCCUCAGAAUCUAGCUCGGGCAAUCCCGUAAGUCUAGC